AGAAAUUUUUUGUAUCAAAACACGCAAUAUACAUUGCGGCUAAUUUUAUCCACUUUUCUCCUCGCCCGCGUGCAAAAAUGUCCUUUUGAACAUCUUUUGGACCGCCGGGGUGUCGUAUGGUGUUGUUUUCAUUGGUGUUGACCAUCGCGGAAGCGUGAAAAUGUCCAGUCGCAGUAGCAAAAACAUCAAGCAGGAUGUACACAACCUGGAUCACUUGUAUUGCCACAAAGCCGAGAACAGUGCGUACAUCAAGAGCAGCCCCAGCUCGGAUCUCAUAUCCAUCAUCAAGGAGAACAAGCAGCUCAAGUCGAUGCUGCUGCUGCACCUGGACUUGAUUCAGGAGCAGAGCGACCAGUUGCUGACCAAGGAGAAGCAGAUCUCGAGCCUGCGCCAGGAGAAUGAGUCGCUGAAGCUGAAGAUUGAGCGCAUGGAGCGGCGAAUGCACAUCAAGCAGAGCCGCAGCAUCCUGCACCACCUGCCCACUGUGGAUGGGAAAGCGAAGAACAAUGGAGCGCCCAAGCCGCACUUCCGGAUUGACCUGUCCGCGCCCGCGGCAAAGUGUGAUAAUGGCCUGGAUGAGGUGAAGCCCAAUGCGGUGGGACUGGCAACUGAGAAGGCGCUGGAGGCCAAUGGGAUGCCCAUUGGGAAGAUCGUGCUGAACAACGCGGGGAACAUUGAGAACAUUACGUCGGUCGUCCAGCAAGUGCCGGAAAUUAAGGUGGAGUCCAAUGAUGAGGGCCAGAAGGGCGUGCUGAAGGCGGAGGAGCCGCCACCGAUGCAGCCCAUGUCACCUGAGGGUACUGCAGAUGCGGACAAAGGCAGCGAUGAGGGCUCUGGCAAGCGGCGUCUCUCCGAAACGUCGGCUGUCAGCGCCGAGCAGGGCAAGAAGGCACUCAAACUCAUGUCCAUGACCACCAACAAGCAGUACGUGACGCGCGACUGGGAGCUGGUGGAGCUGGAGGAGGAUGUGACUCAGCUGAUUGAGAAGCGCGGCGACUUGGAGAUUAAUCUGGAAGUGCCGAGUUGGCGUAUUGUCGAGGGCGACGCAGAGGAGCCCUCAGAGAGGCCACCAGAAGUGCUGGCCGAGGGUGAGAUUCGCGAGGAGGCGUACAUGAAGCGUCACCUCAAGUUCGAGAUUGACGAGCGCCGCCGGAAGAAGUGGGAUGUGCAGCGAAUAAGGGAGCAGCGCACGAUAGAGCGACUCAAAAAGCGCCACUAUAAGCUGGAAGUGACGGCGGCGGGCGAGGAGAAGUCCUCCAACUGCCUACCCUCCUUCUAUCCGAGUCCCAGCAGUAUCCGCUUCAUUCAGAUCACCGAGGAGCUGCCCGUGCAAGCGUUCGGCGAGCACGUCCCCGACGUGACGCCCGCUGAGUUCGCCCUGCCCUGGGCGCACACUCCCGAUGGGGCGCACGUGGUGCUGGGCGGACCCCAGGAGGCGGACAAGUGGCCCGUGUCCACGAUGUUCGUGCGACGCGCAUCCGGACAGAAAGUGCAUCACAAGACCCCACGCAAAAUGGCCAGCAAAGCGGCGGCUGGUGGCAAGAGAUAAGAUUCAGGACUCGUCAGCACGUAGAGGGCUUAGAGUUUAAGGCAUGUUUUUGUGCAUGAUGACAGAAAAUGAUAAUAAAUAUGAAUAUCAAUUGU